GUGAGACGGGUAAGAUGACGUCCUUACACAGCCUGGGCCUGGUACUGGUGGAGUUUGAAUAUGAAUACGAGGGCCGGGAUGGUCACAUGGUGUACAUUAAACCCAACGAGCGCUACAUCCUCCUGGCCAAAACAAACAAUCAUUGGUGGCAUGUUUGCAAAGAUGAACUAGCCAAGCCAUUUUAUAUCCCUGCUAAAUAUGUCAAGGAGCUUCCACCCAACAUCCCUUCACCUCUAGACUUCAGAGAGCCUCCAGGCCCUAAUGUGAAGCCUGUGGUGCCUGACCUCACAGAGACACGCAAAUCCGAUGAGGUAACAAUUAGACUUCGCUCCAAAGGGAAUUACCACAAGACAGAAAACCGCAUGUCUACAUUUGGAGUUCCUUUGGAUUUACACGAGCCCCCUUCUUACAAACAUGGUGGACCUUCAGACUCCCUCAUCUCCCUGAGCACGGUCUCUUCCUCAGACUCAUCUCAUCAGAAGAAGAGGAUGAGUCAAGCAACCAAUAUGCUGUUCGGCUCGCGCACUGAAACUGAUAAGUUUCGAGUGCCUAGCUUCAGCCCAGCUGACCCUCUCCAUAAACCCAUCCCUGUCAAACCGGUGGAGCUCCCCAUCAUCAAGAACCUAAACGAGACCAAACCUCACAGGAAGUCUCCCGAGCUGGAAUCCCCAAUAGAGCCAGAAAGUGAAAGCUCUAGCUCAGAACCACUGCCAUCACCAGACUCUGAGAAUAUUUAUGAAUCCAUAUCGGAUCUGAAUCUGGACCUGUCCACACUGACAGACAAAGCACCUGCUGGAUUGCCAAACCCUCAAACCAACACAUCAUGCUCAGUCCCAACAAUAAAGACGGAGAAUGACCCCACCACAGCAGUGUAUGCCAAUGUUACUGACCUGAAGAAGACCGUUCCUCGCCCUUCAAACUCCUCUACUUCAACUUGCUCGUCGCCCGGCAUCGCCCUCAGUCCUGCUCCGGACUCCGCCUCCCCGCCCAACUCGGCCGGAUGGCAGGUCCAUACUGACCACGACAGCGGUAAGGAGUACUACUACCACCCUACCACAGGACAGAGCAGUUGGUCUGAUCCACGUAGCCCCCCAGCAGGAGCAGGUAUGGAGUCUGUGACCUCCCCCAUACCUGUGUCCACCCCGUCCUCAGCACACUCUCUGGGCUCUGACUGGGAGCAGCUUUUGGAUGAGACCACUGGGAGACAUUAUUAUUAUAAUCACGCUUUGAAGAAAACCUCUUGGUUUGCCCCGGAGCCAUCACCACCUCUGUCCUCUACAGAUAAGGCACUCAGUCAUGACAAGGAGGCAAAUGAGCCGCCGCCUCUUCCAGAGGAGGACUAUCCAACAAAUCAGUGUGCGGAUUCCCAUAUUUCUCUUCAGCUCCCUAAAGAUUUUCAAUUGCUCCAAAUCAAGCGCGCAGUCAUCCCUAGGGCUGUCGUGGACAUGCAUAAAGACGUCCCUGUGGGCUGGACUCACUCUGUAGGGGCCGAUGGAAAAUCUGUCUACACAAAUGAACUCACACAUGAACAGUGGAUCCAGUCUAAGGAUGACAAAGGGAAGAUGUAUUACUACUCAAAAGAUGGGUCUAAAUGUCAUUGGACCCUUCCAGAGGCUUCAGUCCUGCCUGGUCAGCCGAUCAAUGGAAAUGGAACAGACCAAGAUGCUCAACCUGUUGUGAACAACUGGAGACAAUCCCAGUUUAACAUAUCUCAGGAAGACCUGAAAUUUUCCCCGUCACACAGGCGGAUCGCCUCUGACAAUGCCAGUGAUGCAUCCAGUUCAGGGAAUUCACCAGAAUCACAGCAUUACGAUAAAAAGUUAAGGCGGCGGAGGAACCUGUCCAGUCACAGCACAGAUUCACAUUCUCAUCACUCAUCACUGGAGAAGGCUGGGAUUCUCAACAAGACCAAAGUGGCUGAGAAUGGAAAAAGGUUGAGGAAGAACUGGGCGCAGUCGUGGACUGUUCUCCAUGAUGGCAUACUCACUUUUCACAAAGACCCUAAAUUUACACCUGCUGGGAUGUCUACCAAGAGCACUCAGAUCGUCCCAGAGUACACAGUGGAACUGAAAGGAGCGACUUUAUCAUGGGCGUCUAAAGAAAAGUCAAGCAAGAAGAAUGUUCUAGAGCUCAAGACACGUCACGGCUCUGAGUAUCUGAUACAGUAUGACACAGACAGCAUCAUACACGACUGGCACAAGAUCAUUCUGGACACCAUCAGACUGCUGCAGGACCAUGCCCAUUACUCAGAGGACGAAGCAGAAGAUAUCCCAGAAAAACCUCCAUUGCCUGCAGAUAAAGAGAGGAAGAGUGAAUCAACAAGACUGAGUUCUUCGAGUAGCAUAGACAUAGAACAGGGCCGUGUUCGCACCAAGCUGCGCAAGUUCCUCCAGCGGCGGCCCACCCUGCAGUCAGUCAAAGAGAAGGGCUACAUUAAAGAGAAUGUGUUUGGCUGCCACCUAGACACCCUCUGUCAUCGGGAAAACACAACCGUGCCCAAGUUUAUGGAAAAAUGCAUCAGAUCUGUUGAGAAAAGGGGUCUGAAGAUAGAUGGAAUCUACAGAGUGAGCGGGAACCUGGCUGUCAUCCAGAAGCUGCGAUAUAAAGCUGAUCAUGAAGAGGAUCUGGAUCUGGAGGAUGGGCAGUGGGAAGAGAUUCAUGUGAUCGCAGGAGCUUUGAAGCUUUUCCUGCGUGAACUUCCUGAGCCUCUUUUUCCCUUCAGCUUUUUUGAUAGGUUCAUCGCUGCCAUUCAAAUGAGUGACUACAGCCUGAAAGUGUCAUAUAUUCGAGAUCUUGUGAGAAACCUGCCUUUGCCCAACCAUGACACCAUGGAGGUUCUCUUCAGACAUCUUCGCAAAGUGAUUGAGCAUGGCGAGCUGAACCGCAUGUCUGUCCAAAGUAUGGCCAUCGUGUUCGGUCCAACGUUGCUGAGACCACAGGAGGAGUCCAACAUCACCAUGCACAUGGUCUUCCAGAACCAAAUCGUGGAGCUCGUUCUUAACGAGUUCAAUGAGCUCUUCAAACCAAAUGAGCACCAUCUUCUCAUAUUCCCAAAUGAACAAAGUUACUGACUGUUUUCUGUCUACUGAUUGUAUAUUGGCUGUCCCAGUCAAUCAAAGCCAAAAUAUCACAACAAAUAAGUGCAUUGUAAAACAUCGAGAGGAUCUGCACCUCGAAAGUGCCUUGUUCUUUCAUGCAAUCUGUGUUUUUGGUACUGCUGAAAUCAAGAGAACAAAAAGCCAAAGGGAUCAUCUGCUGAAAUGAUCAAACAGAUCUUAUAAAGAAAGAAAAUGUAAUUUGUCAAAAUGUUAUGUUUGAGAUGAGACAGUUGUGGAGUCCUUAAUAAUAAAUAACUUACAACAAUUGCUUUUAAGGUAUUACACAUACAGUGCACAUCCUUGUACAUGUUACUGAAUAAUACAUUGUAUAUUAUUACUACUCACCAAAAACUGUUCCUAUGGAACAACAACAUUUUUCAGUUAGCCAAACAGCUUUUUCUUUUGAAUUUCCAGUGCAAAUGUUGUUAACAAGUAAAGAUACUCAACAAAGGUAUGAAUAUUUGGUUGAUUGGUAAUUUUUCUCUGAACAAAGAUGUUGAUGACACCUGGACUUAAUGUGUGCGUAGUCACCAAUAUUGUGCACUACUGGUUAAACCUUAUUGUUCAGGAGACUGAGGGGAAAAAAAAGUGUUUUAUUAAUCAACUGCAUGACUAUUUUUCACUGUCUUUAGUCUCUAAGAUGAAAUAUUGUUAUAAAAUGCUGACAGUACAUUGUACAGAAGUAUGAAAAUGAAUAUAAUGAACAAUAGAAGGUUUUGCAGUUAAGUAAAAUAUGGAUGUGCACUGCUUGUUUAAAACGAACUCUGUGGAUGUAGGCUAAAGCUGUACAUAUUUAAAAAAUGUUGUUUAUAUAAAAAUAUGGUUAAGAAAUAAUUGGCAAUUUCAUUUUAUUACAGAGAUAAAUAUUCUGUAAAUAAAACAGAUAGACCAUAUUUAAUGUUAUGCAAAUAUGUGCAUAGUUUUUACACUGGUAAUUUCAGAAAUCUAGGAAAUAUAUAUAAUAAAAAAAAUGUUUUUAGUAUUAUAACCUUGCAUAUAUACAGUCAUUAUGUCAGAUAAAAAGUGUGUACAUCAAUUUAAAAUGGAGAAAAGAUACUAUCACUGGACUAUAGAUCAAUGCAAUAUGAGAAAUUAUAAAUAAAUAUGGUGCCUUCAUUUUGA